AUGUCUGAAGUAGCAGAAACUUGGAUUGAGACCUUGGUGGCAAAAAUAAUCAACUAUGACUACAAACAUUUCAUAAGAUUGGUGAUAAUUGUGGGUGGUUAUUUACUUGUUAGAAAUAUCGCAUCGAGAGAAUUGGCGAAGAAACAAUUGGCCGCUCAAGUAGAAAAGGACAAACAAGACAAGGAGGAAAAGAGGUCUAAGGAUCUAAUUGAUAGACCGGAUGAGAGUGCAGUUGCGAAAACAACUUCGUUUGGUUGGGGCAAAAAAACUAGGAAAAGGGUCAAAAAGCAACAGGAGUUAUUUGAAAACGCUCUGGAAGAGGCCAAGAAAAGACAACAGGGAAUGGAGCCAGACAGCGAUGCUGAUAUCGAAGAGCUGUUGGAAGAAUAG